AUGAGCUGGUACAUCAUGUACACUCUGCAGAGGCUCUCAGGAAGCAAGGAUGGGAAAAAGAGGGAGCAUGAAGCUGAAUUGUAUCUGCUGUACCUGAAGGUGAGGCACAGACACCGCCUGUCCCACCAGAUGCCCCAAGAGCCCCGUCCCUCAGUGAGUUCUGAUUGCUUGGGUGCCCGGCUUGGGGCAGUGAGCCCUCCGGGGUCCCCCGGAACGGGGCCGUCUGCUGCGCAGCGCUCAGAUGCCUGGCAGGCCCGGAGCCACGGAGCCCACACACCGGGGGGCAGCCCUGCUCGCGUGGGGCCCGGUGCCCGCGGACCCGCCGCACACCGGCCAGGCCCACCUGGUGCCCCCCCAGGGCCGGGUGAGGCCGGGGGGAGGGUCAGGCCUUGGCUGCGCCCUUGCGCCUCGCACACUGUCCGCAUCGGCGUCCCGCCCAGCACCCCUGUGCUGUGCCCCAGCCCCCCCACCUCCUGCGCCCCAGACGCCCACCCUCCCAGCUCCCCUGUGUUGUGCCCCAGCCCCCCCAGCUCCUCCUCUGCUGUGCCCCAGCCCCCUCUGCCGUGCCCCAGGCCCCCCCUGCUGUGCCCCAGCCGCCCACCCUCCCAGCUCCCCUGUGCUGCACCCCAGCCCCCCAGCGCCCCCGCUGCGCACCAGCAUCCACCUGACUGGCCCACCUGCUGCGUCCUGCUGUCUCCGGACCUUCCCCCAGGCCUGGCCCGGGAGCUCCCCGUCUUCUGCCCUCGGUGGAGAAUCUCCCCUCUGUUCGGGGCGCAGACCUCGUCUGGGGUUUUCCCGAGAACCCGCCCCGAAGGCGCUGGCGCCCCAGGCUGGCGAGCCGCGGCCCCCGGUCCGCACCGUCACCCGCUGUGCACCGCCUCCGUGGGGCCUUCCCCGCACAGCCGAGGCCCCUGGGCCUGUGGGCGCCGCCUGUCCUCCCUGGUUUCGGGCACCCUCCCUCCCCGGGACCCCCAGGACCCCGCCUCCGCCUCCCAGGGCCGCCCCAGCACGCCUGAGAACCACCUGCGGCCCCUGGACCCAGCUGCGGCCAACCUGCACCCCCCCCCCCCCCGCGGGCUUUCACCUCCGGGCUCCCUGGACGCCGCGGCGCCGCCUGCUCCUGCAGGUGCCUGA